AUGGAAUGUCCUAUGUGUUUUGAAUUUUAUGCUCAAGAUAGAGUUGCGAGAAAUCUUCUUUGUGGUCAUACAUAUUGCACCCCAUGUCUUGAAAUAUUGUAUAAUGUAAGUAAAAGAAUCGAAUGCCCUCUUUGCAGGACCAAGCAUGACCAAAAUAUGAAACCUCAUAACCUAAGCAAGAAUUUUGUGGCCAUGGACUUGGCCUCGAAGCAUUUAGACGAAUAGUAAGCUGGACCCUUUAACAAUUAGAAAAUCAUUUGA